AUGGGGCUGCGCACAGCUAAGGCCAGACGGCCAGACCCCAGCAAGGCAGGAUGGACACGCGGUGCCCACAGUCCAGGUCAUGAUUAUGCCAGAAGAAUCCCAAAGGAUGACUAUAAAGCACAGUGUGCGAACCCCUACUGGUUUCCUCGGCUGUCACAGUUCCUGGAAUCGCGGCACAGACCCUCCAAGGCCGCCUGCACAGCCCACCAGGGUCCCUUCCUGCUGCUUCUGGCAACACCGCGGCAAAGCCAGGGACGUGCCAGGCCUAUUGGCAUUGCCAGCUUAUCAGAACCUAGCCCUCAGCAGGGCCCAUUUGAACACCAUGCCCAGAUGAACUGUGUGGACUCGGCAUCCCCUGAGCCCUCCAAGGCCACACUCCGGAGGACAGACAGGGCUGGGCCGCGGCCGAGCUUCGGCGACUCCGGGAGGAGCCCGGGGAUUCCUCCUGGGAACCGCGUGUUUACUCUUCCACGUGUCAUGUGCCGCCUUCAGGAAAGGAAAUGA